AUGCACAAUCAAUAUGAUGAUUCAAAGGUAUUGAUCGCUUAGAGUGACAUUUAACUGAGUCCAGAGGGCAUUGAUUUGAUGAAAAAGAUGCUAGAAAAAGACCCUAGGAACAGAUUAUCUGCAGAAUAGUGUCUCUAGCAUUAAUGGUUUCAAACCGAUGCAGAAUAUUGCUAAAAGAUCAUAGAAAACAAUGCAAUUUUUGCUGAGAUGAAGAACAACGGUGCAUGUAAUAAAUAGAAAGACUUAUUUGAGAACGAGGAAAUGAAGCAUUAGCCUUCAUCUUAAAAUUUGUCGAAAAAGCUAGCAGAUAUCAGCAAAUCAACUAAAUAUUCAAAACUUAAUAGAAUUACAGGUUUAUCGUCAAAAAAUUUACAUAGUUUCAUUUAAAAAUGCUAAAAUCAAUCAACUUAACAUUUAAGCUUUGAUAUCAUACUUCAAUAGAUCGUCCCUAGAAAUAAACCUCUCAAUUAAUUAUCAGAUGGUAUUGAGGAGGAAUUUUAACCUGAAAAUGAGGAUUCAAGGGAUAUAAAUUAAAGUGCGUAACUACCCGAUUUUAAGGGAGUAAUGAAAAUCAAAGAUUUUAACUUGAUUAAAGAUUUAAAAGGUAAAAUGAGCGAUAAAAACAUUACCGCUUAUCGUAGAGUAUUUAUAGAAAAUGUUUGA